AUGAUGACUUUAAAUCAUUCUUCAGUGAGUGAAUUUAUCCUUGAAGGGUUAACAAAAUGCCCAGAGCUUCAGUUGCCACUCUUCCUCCUGUUCCUUGGAGUAUAUGUGAUCACCAUGGUGGGGAACCUGGGCAUGAUCUUCUUAAUCGCUAUCAGUUCUCAACUUUACUCUCCAAUGUAUUAUUUUCUCAGCCAUUUGUCAUUCAUUGAUCUCUGCUACUCCUCUGUCAUUACACCAAAGAUGCUGGUGAACUUUGUGUUAGAGAAGAAUGUUAUUUCCUUCCUGGAAUGCAUGGCUCAGCUUUACUUCUUCCUUAUUUUUGUAAUAGCAGAAGGUUAUCUUCUCACUGCCAUGGCGUAUGAUCAUUAUGUUGCAAUCUGCCACCCACUGCUUUACAAUAUUAUCAUGUCCCCUAGGGUCUGUUCCAUAAUGAUGGGUGCAGUAUAUUCACUGGGCUUGUUUGGGGCCACAGUUCAUACUACCCACAUGUCAAUGUUGUCCUUUUGUGGAUCUCAUGUUAUCAGUCAUUAUUUUUGUGAUAUUUUUCCCUUGUUGCGUCUCUCUUGCUCCAGCACCCAUGUUAAUGAGAUACUGUUGUUUAUUAUUGGAGGAGUUAAUACCUUGGCACCGAUACUGGCUGUACUCAUCUCUUAUGCUUUCAUCCUCUCUAGUAUCCUCCAUAUUAACUCCAUCAAGGGAUGGUCCAAAGCCUUUGGCACUUGUAGCUCCCAUCUCAUGGCUGCGGUUAUCUUUUUCGGGUCUAUAACAUUCAUGUAUUUCAAGCCUCCUUCGAGCAAUACUAUGGAACAGGAGAAAGUGUCCUCCGUGUUCUACACCACUGUGAUCCCCAUGCUGAACCCCUUGAUCUACAGUUUAAGGAACAAGGAUGUGAAGAAUGCACUGAGGAAGAUGCUUAGGGGAAAGUAA